UAAAUGCGCGUGGGAGACCCAUCCAACAUGGCAGGCGGGCUCCUACACCGGAAAGCAGUCUAUGCGGAUUCUGUGUAUAUAUGUCUGUGUAGUUGAAGUGUGUUUUGGUGUGUUUCGGUUUGUUUUUUUUAGUGUGUUUUUAGUUGUGUAGUGAGGAUUAAAACUCUGACAGAAGCUGGUUGUGUUUAUUUCCCCGCUGGAGAAAUUAUAAUAUAUCACAGUCAGUCAUGAAGUUCAGCAGCAUGAUUUCGGGUGUCCUGAUCAUUCUGUCCAUCAUCAUUGAAUGUAUAGCUGAUGUUGUUCCAGUAACAGUGAAGCUCCAUGACUCUGCUGUUCUGCCCUGCUAUGAUAGAUGUUCAGGGUUGGGCAGAUGGACCGUGUUCAGUAGACCCAGUUAUCCUCUGGCUGAGUGUAAUCAGACUUCCUGCAGAUCAGUGAAGGAGGGAUAUCAGAUGAUCUAUAAUCAAUACCUGCAGGGGAACUUUUCUCUGAUCAUCAGUGAUGUUGAUUACAGUAAGAAAGCGCGAUACACCUUCGACUGUAACGGGAAAGACCAGUGUGAUGUGAAUCUACGGAUUGAGUCUGUGAACAUUUCAGUUCAGGUUAAGUCUGGAGAUUCUCUGCAGCUGGAUUUGAACGUGUCUGAGCCACUGGAGGUGAUCUAUAACAGAACGGGAGAAGCUGGACGAUCCAGCGGCCGGAUCUGUACGGUGGACGGACGUUCAUCAGAUUGUGAAUCAGAAUACACAGAGAGAGCGUCUGUUCGGUCUGUUCUGGAGCUGAGGGGAAUGCAGGCGUCUGAUAGUGGAGUUUAUACUAUCCGGGACGCCAGAAAUGAAGAUGCCAUUAAUAUCUACAGCGUGGCAGUGCAAGCAGAUGGUGGAGAUGGGUCUGAAGCACUCGGUCAAGAACAUAAGCUCUCCCGCAGCCGCCGCAGUGCUGAAUUCAACUCUCCGACCUGUCCAGCAGCUGGGGUUCCGGUGUGGAUGGUGGUGGUGCUGGUUCUGCUGCUGGUUCUGCUGGCUGGUUCUGUUGUGGGAGCAGAGAAAAUUGUAAAUCUGAAGAGAAGAAUGAGGAAGUUCUGGAACAGAUCAGCCAGUACAGAAAAUCAGGAGAACGGAAAUACUACCUCCUAUCCAGAACCAGAACAAAGACUGACUGAAGAUACAGUCUGAACAUCUAUCUAUCUAUCUAUCUGUCUGUCUGUCUGUCUGUCUGUCUGUCUGUCUGUCUGUCUAUAUAUCUUUGUCUCUGUCUGUGUAUCUGUUUUUCUUCAAAAGCUAAAUUUGACUCAAUUUUCUGAGUGCUAUUAACUGAAUCAAAGAGGUUUAUUGGACCGGGUUGUGUUUCCCAUAAAACCACAGGAGCUAUCAUUAAACGAACACAAUACAAUUCAUCGUUAAUCAGUACAAUUUAUCUGAUUUUAUUCAUUGUCUUCAUUAAUGUAGUAUUUAUUUUAUUCAUAAGACAAGAAUCGUUUUUAAUCACACCGUGAGGAAAUUGACAGGGUUUCUGCAGUAAAGGGAAAGCAAUACUCACAAAAGGAAAAGGGGCAAUGAAUUAAAAGAUUAGGAUAUAAAUAUUAAUAAGGCAUCAGAACACAGCAGCAAUAAUAUGUAAAUACAAUAUGUAAAAAAUAAUGAUCAAAUAUUUUAACACCUAUUUUAAAUACAGACGAUUCAUUUUAGGGCAUUAAUUUGGAUAAAUUGUAUGAUUGUUGAUUAUGAUAUUUUAUGAGAAAAGAGAUAUUUUUAAAGAUGUUUAUAAAGCAAGAUUAAUAUAAUUGAUUUAAUUUGCGAACAUCUGUACUCUCUCCUGUUUGUAUUGGGUCACUGAUCUAAUCACAGGUGUAACGCUGUAGUUAGAGGUUUAGAAGCUACAGCUGAUCAGUGGUUGUGAAUGCUCGGUGUAUCGAUGGAUUAGGAAACGUCUGUAAAGCUGAAUGAUGGCUAACAGUACUUUAGGGAGACACAGCUGCAGUUCAGCCUCUUUCUGUCUGUCUGUGUCCAUCUGUCUGUGUCCAUCUGUCUGUGUCUGCCUGUCUGUGUCUGCCUGUCUGUGUCUGCCUGUCUGUGUCUGUCUGUCUGUCUGUGUCUGUCUGUCUGUGUCUCCAAAUCCCCCCCCCCCUCCGACCCUGAUGGAUAGAGCCGUAUAUACUAUAGAUUAAGGGAUGUUUACAUUCUUCAUCUGUUUUUCUGAUAAUGAAAUCUGAUUUAUUAAUAUAUUGGUUAAUUUUGUAGGACAAAGUUAACCCAGUGGUGAUCAAAGCCUUAAUUUAAAUAUUGCUUCACAAUAAAAUUAAAUAAAACAGAAAAACGUAAAACCAGUAAUAUCUAAAUAAAAACAGUUAAAAAGGAAAAGGUAAAGGUUUAUUGAAAUAAUAUUAAAUACAUAAAAAACAUUAAACAUUAAAAUACAAACAAACAAACAAAGUCAAUCAAAUUAAAAAAUAUAUAUAAGCAAAGAACAGGAAUGAAGCUAAUCAAAAGCUAAGCUAAAAAAAGUUUUAGCUGUUUCCUUAAAGCUAGUAACACUGGAUACCUGAUGAAUAUUAAUUGGUUAAGAGUUCCAUAUUUGUAGAGCGUAAAAAACAGAAAGCAGCUUUUAAUGCAACCAGUGUUUUUAUGCUUCAUUCUGGGAAUAUUCAGUAAAGCAGCUCUUAAUGAUCUUAACGCUCGAUUUGGAACAUAUUUUUUAAGAAGUCUGAAAUUUAUGUAGAGGUGAUAUUAUAUUUACUCCUAACAGUACAGGAAGUUACAAACCUAUAUUUAAACCCAGACAUGCAAAAAAAUAAAAAAUAAAAAUAAUAAUAAAAAAUACAGUGAUAUACCGUGAAACCGUCUGAAUAUAAAAAAAAAAACAUGAUCUGAAUUUUUUUGCUCACACUGGUCAGCACUAUACUGUAAAUAAAGAGAGCUUUAAACCAGUGAAAUGAGAGUAAUGUAUCUUCCUCUAUCUCUUUACUUCUGCAUCUUUAAAUGUGUUGCGUCAGGGUCGUUUGCUUUAGGGCUGCACAAUAUUGGAAAAAAUACUUUUUUCUCCAAUAAAUUCAAAUACACAGGAAUUUUAACCAAAUUUAUUCAACUGUCAAUAAAUGAUGCACUUUUAUUAAUAAUAAAAACAUAGGAUUUAACUGUAUAGAAGAAAUUUAAAUGUAAAAUAUUUUGAGAUUUAAUGAGAGUAUAUAUAUAUAUAUAUGUCUGAUGUGUUUGGACAUUUUUGAGACACAGAGUGAGCUGAGUGUAAAGAGUGAGUGAGCUCAAAACAUUAACCAGUUUUAACACUUUAAAACAGUGAACAGAUUUUUAUCCAGUGAUUUUUAUAAUCUACAUUGUGAAUAUUUUAUUUUCCAUUGUUCUCAUAUACAGCUCUGAAAAAAAAAGUUUCUUUGAUCACAAGCCAUCAAACCAAACUGAACUGCUUGAAUUUUUGCACCAGGAGUAAAGCAGCAUAAAGUUAUCCAAAAGCAGUGUGUAAGACUGUUCUUAUUUGCUGUUUGUUAUUUCAGACAUUUUUCAUUUUCUCACUGUUUCACUACUUGCUGUUGCACUGCUCUCUUCUUUUACAAAUCUAUAUAUCCUGAUCUGUUUUCUCUGAUCUGCAUGGAAGAACGUUUAUUUCUGCAUUAUUUUUUAUAUUUUUGUAAAUAAUUGUUUAUAUGUAUAUAGUAAUACAGUGCUGCCACAGGUCCUACAUGAGUGUAGGUAUUUAUAUCCAGGACUGACAUUAAUUGGAGUUAAAUUUUGUACUCUACAGUUUUUUAAAGAGUCCUUGUUUUUUUACUGUAACAGUUCUGAUCUUUUGUAAAGUGAAUCUGAUAUCUGAUAUUUUUAGGUCAAUACCUGUUUUUUUAUGCUGAAUGUAUUGUACAGUAAUGUAAAAACUGGGACUGUUUCACAAAGCAGGAUCUCUCACACAUCAAUCAGGUCAAACAGUAGUGGAGUAGAGAAUCUGCUGUGUGAAACGUCCCGAGACUUUUGUUUGAGAUUUUAUAAAAGAAUGAUGUUACAAAACACAAAAUAUAUAUAUAUAUAUUUGGA